UUCCGGCUUAAAGCCGCACCCUUCUCUGGUAACACUGACGCAUUUUCGUUAAAAAAGUCGCAAAUAUUGCAAAUUCUCAGUAAUUUCCGCGGCCUUACUAUCAUGCUUUACCUGGAGGACUACCUGGAGAUGAUCGAGCACCUGCCGCAGGAGCUGCGCGACCGCUUCACGGAGAUGCGCGAACUGGACCUCGCAGUACAGAACAACAUGGACUCCCUGGACAAGAAGGCCCACCUUUUCUUCAAGCAAUGCAAGCGCGACGAGCUGCAGCACGAGUCCAUGGACACGGAGUUCCACAGCCUGCGCGGCGAGUACUUCAAGGUGAUGGAGGACGCCGACGAGAAGGUGGCCAUCGCCACCCAGAUCCACGAGCUGGUGGAGCGAUACCUGCGCCGCCUAGACAGCGAGCUCUUCAAGUUCAAGUGCGAGCUGGAGGCGGACAACAACGGCAUCACCGAGAUCCUCGAGCGACGCUCCCUGGAGCUGGACGGCAACUCGACGGCCGCCACCGCCCUGCUGCUGAGCAUGAAUCAAAAGGAGAACCGCUACUACGGCGCCAGUUCGGCCAACUGUCUGGUCAACAGCUCGACGGGCCACGUCUCCGGAGUCGCUACGGGCCCCUCUGCCAUUGCCCUGGUCAGCGGAGCCGCCGGCACCGGCGGUGCGCUCUCCAGCAUCUCCACGGCUCAGCUAAGCUCCAGCCAGCGGCACCGCAAGCUGGAGAAGCGGCGCGAAACCAUUUGCACCGUGCCCGUCCAGGAGAAGCGCCCCAAUCUCAAUCACUCUCUUCCCGUUGUCGGCGCCGGCGUCACAACAGCCUCGGCGGCCUCCUCUUCGUCCGCCACAGCGGCCGCGUCCGUUGCCGGCCUCGUCAACGUAUCUUCCGCCCAACCGCAGGCUUCCAAUCACAUUGGCAGCGUCGCCGCCACACAUAUCUCUCUGCCCGUGGCUGUGGGCGUGACCGGCGGCGGCAGCAGCCUGGCCUGCAGCCCCCUGACCACAGGAACCGGUUCUUUGGUGCGCCAGUUGCCCACGAACCUGGCACACAGCGUGUUGAGCAGCUCGGGAGGAGCAACUACGGCAGUGACGGCGGGAGGAGCCUCCACACCCGUAGUCACAGCGGGUUCGGGCCACGGACACACCCACAGUGGGCACUCGGCUGGCGGAGCCACUGUCACCUACAAUCUGCAGCAGCUGGGCGGGGGAGCCGCCGCGUCCAGCGCCAUUGCAGCGGCAGCCAGUCAGGCUAUCGUGGCCACGCAGCAGAUGCAGCAGGGCCGGCGAACGGCCAGUCUCAAGGCCAGUUACGAAGCCAUCCACGGAACGGCCGGCACUACGGCGGAGUUCUGGUCACAGGCGGGUCAAAGUGGCCUGCAGCAGUCGUCGGCCGGAACGGUGGCCGUGGCUGCCGGCACAGCGCUGGCCACCGGCGGAGCCAGCGCGAGCAGCAGUGGCUCGCACCACGCGCACUCUCAGUCGCACCACAGCAGCCAUGGACACGGACAUGGCCAUGGGCAUGGCCACGGGCACGGGCACCACCACAGCAGCAGCAGCAGCAGCCACAGCGGCCACCACCAGGAGAAGAAGCAGAAGAAGAAGCUAACCACCGCCCUGACACUGCCCACGGUGCAGCCGCCGGUCGGCACCUCGUCCGGCAACUCGAUUGGCUCCACAUCCUCGUCGAUAAGCGUGGAGUCGGUGGGCAAGCUCUCCACGGCGGCCAUGACGAUGGCGGCGUCGGCGGGGUCGACCUACAUGUCGGUCGGUGGACAGGCUUUGGUCGCCAUGGGAGCCGCAGGGGGCGGAAACUUGACGGAGAGUGUCGCCGACGGCGUGCCCGCCGGCAUGAUAGCCAUGAGUCUGCCCACCGCCACGGUUACGCCCGGCACCAGCCUGACCAUCGGUGAGAACGGACUCGUGGUGGAGCAGACCAACGAGGGUGAGUGGUCGUACGAUCCGAACGAGCCGCGCUACUGCACCUGCAACCAGGUGUCCUACGGCGACAUGGUGGCCUGCGACAACGACGCCUGUCCCUACGAGUGGUUCCACUACCCCUGCGUGGGCAUCACGCAGCCGCCCAAGGGCAAAUGGUACUGCCCCAAGUGCACCGCCUCCAUGCGGCGCCGGGGCAACCGAAAGAACUGAGGCUGACUGCGCCUGCUGGCGCCCCUCUUUCGCGGCGGGGGCGGCGGCUUGGGCACCUGGUCGCGUCGCUAGGGGCGGAUGUGGUCUCCAAGGAGCAGAAGCAAAGUAUUCAAUAAAGUAAG